CUUCAACACAGUCCUAAGACCUGCAACAGUUUGUCAAGACAAGUAGUAUGGAGCUGGUACCACACGAUUCACUCAGGCCGUACGUGUCUUCGAGGGAGACGCGUCUGGCGACCCUCCAGGAGGAGCCAGAGAAAAGCGGAAAGGACCAGCAGCAGCAGCCGCUACAGACAGAACACUGCAGGAAAAAAAGUUGGACCAACAGAUCAGACGACAUCCUGACUGCGACUCUCUCAGCUUUCUACGGCAAACUUCUGGUGGUCCUGGGUUUGGCUCUGCCCGUCACCGCAGCUAUUAUCCCAGAAAGCACCGCGACAACAUAUGAUGGUUUCUACCUAUACCUGUACCUGGGCAGCCUCUUUUUCCUGUGCUACAUGUACGCGGGUGUCAUGAAGGAAGAGGUCGUUCUAAGUGUUAGCAGGAAGACGUCAGCCUUCGAGAUGUCCAGCAGACUGAAGGGAGCUGGAUCAGGCCAAGAGCAACAAAUCCGUUAUGGCAGCUUCUAUCUCAGGAUGGGUGUCGCUGGUUUCGGUGUGGGCGCCAUGAUCCACGCCGUGCUUCACUUCGGGAUGUACUUCGAACUUCGCAGCACCUCCAAGUGCGACGACAUUCUGGUGGCCAUCACGCCACUAGCCCAGGCCGCCUUCAUUAUCAUGCAGAUGAUCUUCAUAUUCUCCGACAACAACAAGCUGGUGGAGGAAUACAGCUACAGAGUGGUGGCGCGGUUCGGCCUGAUGCACAUGAUCGCCACUAACCUGUGUGAAUGGCUGUACGUGGUGGUGGAGGAAACCAAGUACGACAUCAUGCAGGUGUUCAACACCACCAACAAGCACCGCCCUGUAUCGAACGUCUCGGAUCACGGAAUCUCCAGAACGUACAUUCCAGACAUCGAGCCAGAAUGCUGGAAGUCGAACAUCAUGGCGCCUCUGGUGCGCAGUGCCAGCCGUUUCCUGUUCCCCUGCACGGUGGAGUACAGUCUACUCUGUGCAGUCAUCCUGGGCGUCAUGUGGAUCAACGCUUGUUCUGAAAACAAGAAUCAACACAGCGACCCUACGACGCCCGACAGCCCGACAGGGCGAGUGAGUGGCGUCAAUAUCAUCUACACGCGGUCCGUCAGCCAGUUCUCUGUCGACUGUACCAGCGCGCAUAAGGGUCUGUUCGCAGGCAUCCUAAUGCUGGUGCUAUCCAUCGUGAGUCUGAUAAUGUUCUACGAGCUGGUGCAGCGGCCACAGUAUGUCGACGAAGCUGUCUUGCAGGUGAAUGUCUGGGAGACUGUGAUGUAUGCUACUGCUACCGUCGCCGUCAUCCUGUACCUCUUUGCGAUUCGAAACGUCGGGCGCAUACCAGGACGCCGAAGCCUCGAGUUGGAACACAUCCUGCUGUUCAUGACGCAGGCCGGCCUCUUCCUGUACAUCCUUUUCCAGAUCAUCGGGGCAUAUUUCUCUCUGGAUGUGAAACCCCGCUGGGCAAUCAUGCGGAUCAUAACACCCGUGGCCGCCCUGGUGCAGAGCAUGAGCCAAACGAUCCUGGUGCUAGACGCGUGGAAGAGGCGGUGCAACACUAAAGAGCAGAUAGACCAGAAACCAGGGAAACAGCUGAUUACGUUUCUGCUGAUCGCCAAUCUCGCCAUGUGGGUGGUCAACAGGCUGAAGAACAACCGGGCCGAGUUCCACCCUCUGCAGGCAGAGUUUUACGGCGUCUGGGCCUGGACCAUAAUCACUCACAUAUCAAUGCCCCUAGUGGUGUGUUACCGCUUUCAGUCCACGGUUUGUCUAUACGAGAUAUGGAAACAUGUUUACAAGAUGCGAUCCCUAGAUCCCUAGAUAUCUCAAAACACGUGCUAAAAGGUCAAGUACCAGCAUGUACUAUGACAUGUUUCAACAGUACAUUUCAUGAACAUAUAUUUAUUAAAUUGAGUCUGUGCAGGUUUAUAAAAAUGAUACUACCAUCAUGAUUUUCGGUUGUAACACCAUCAUUUGAUGCCUGGGAGAAAUCGGAUUCAAUUUGUUGGAUUGUUUGCUCUAGUUUGGCUUAUUAUAAACAAUUUUAGAAUAAUGUUGUAAAAGACCACAGUAUACACUAGACAUUCGUGUUUGGCAUGAAAAAUUACGAAUAACAUGCUAGUAUUCAUGAUCUUUAAAGUCCUAUAAUGUUACAAUUAGAUAAAUUAAAACUUCAUACAGAAUGAAUAAACAAGUAAUAUUGAUGGUUGACUGUCCAAUAUUAUUGCACAUAUUAAGAGAAAAUUAAUUUUACAUAAAUUGUUGGUACAUGUUUCAAAGUUUUAUUUUAAUACGCCGGUAUAUUAACACAGCAAAGCAAAUCUGAUUUCAACGCAGUCAAAAUUCAUCAAAAACUUACUUUGUGCUUCCCAUUUUAUUCAGACCUACUGCUAAAGCAAAUAAGAAUUUAUUUUCAUGCAGAAUAGCCUAUAAGAUGUGAUAAGACAGUUUAUUUAUGAUCUUACGUAAAGCAAACAUUAAAUUUGUCCGAUCUAAAGAACACUGAAAUGGCUCGAAAAAUUUUCCCAAAACUUCCCAGUUUUAAAAUUAAUGAAAAUCCGCUCAGACAUUCUCAGUUUUUUCAUACGUACGGACAGACUAACGAACGGAGCGAUUUUAAGAGGCUCUUUGUAUGGUUGAAAACACAUCUGAAAACGAAGACAAAUUCAUUAUGGAGGCGUGUUUAUCCAAGCCUGCAGCUGUUGUGGAUCAUUAUUGGCAUUACUAUAUAAAAACCAAUUCAAAUUCUUUAUGAACGCGUGUUUAUCCAAGCUUGCAGUUGUUUAAAUUCAUAAUUGCCUUUACUGUAGAAAAAUCAGUUACAAUUCAUUAGGGAAAAGUGUUAUCGGAGGCGGUAGCGGUUGACUGAAUGCCGUGAGUAUAGUUACUAUGGAUUAAUAAACGUAAAGUUUCAUUCGCUACAAAAGUUUUCUGACAUCGGUUCAGUGAUAAUUCAUUGAUAUUAUCACUAUUACCUAUCCGUAAAGAUAAACAUAAAAAUAAGUAAGUUUAACUCUAAAACUCUCCGUAACGGGAUGCUCCGGUUUCGAAUUUCGUCGCUGAGACCGGCUAUCCUAACUGAGGUUUUCCUCAGUAUCCCCAAGAAUAUGCUGGAACGUUCAAGUUAUUAUCUCUUUCUUCACCAUCCUUUUCGCGUUCAAUAAUCACAGCCAUCAUAGAAUCCAAUUAUAUAUAACCUGUGCAGAUAAACAAGUAUUGUUAAAUAACCUAACAGUCAAUCAUCAUCUAACUAAUGAUUGCAAAUACCAGAUAAUGGCGUUACGCCGAAACGUGUUAUUAUUUCUAUAAUAUGGUGUAGGCUGGAUAUAAUACAUAUGUUUAUGCAAUAAGUAUGAACGUAUGUGAAUGUGUAUUACUAGACAUAGUAUCUUCAAAGAAGAUUUUUGUAAGAGCAAAAUGAUGGAACAAUUAGCAUAACUUGAUUUCUGUUGAGUAAAUAAGGUCUUUCUCAUUCUGCAACCACGAGGUUUAAAAAUACAGUCAAACUACCAGUAGAACUUUUGGAACAGUGAAACCUAAGUCUUGGCAAUGUGUGAUCAGAUUCAAGAGGUCAUCAAUUUCAUUCUAUUUUCCGGAGGUACUGUCGGUCUCAUACCUUGAACAAACUCAUUAUCAAACUUGUUUUUGAAAUCCAGUCAUUUGAGACACCAUGGUUUCUAACAUCCUAAUCGAAUUGUCUAAAAUAAAAUAUGUUAAAAUUAAUUUUGUCUUCCUUCAGAACCUCUGCGUUCAAAAACAUCUAUUUUAAACCAACGACUUGGAGGAGAUGCAUCUUACAAGCCAAAUGACAAUGUUAUUGACUUAGGUGAAGAAUAAUUUUACGUAAUUUUAGAACUGAUGGCCUAAUCCUUUAAAUAAAAGUGGUAACUAUACAUACCACCUGCUUUAACACUCAACAAAACUGAAUCUUACUCAGAGUGUAUUUAUGGGUUUCGUUUGAUUCUCAAAAUAAACAGCGGUUAUUUCCCUAAACAGAAUUAACCUACUAAACUUUGUAGUGGGGAUAUGUUGUGUUUUAUUUGAAGUAGAAAGUGGAAUGUUAAAUAUCAUUUAGACAAGUUUCGUGUUUCAAAGGGUUAAUAAAAACCACACUGUUGACUGUCUCAACUAUUAACGAAGCAAUUGUAGAAAGUAAGUUACAUUUCACAAUUAUCAGAAAUCCUUUACGGGGUCACUUUUUAAAUGAUAUUUAGUUUUUUAUGUAGUUUCGCAUGAAAACGAUGUAUUGUGAACGAAACUGAAUUCCGUUUCUGUAUCCGUUGAUAUUCCUAUCUAAGACGCAUUAGAUGAAAAUAUCUAGGACUGCCUGAGACACACCGUUUUAAUAAACAUCAGAUCCGAUUCUAGUGCCUAUGACACGCAUUUCCAAAUACCAUCUCACAACAGCCGUUUAUUUUUGUCACCUCUUCUCCUUCUUCGGCGGACCAAAUAAUUCUAGUUCUCAGGAGAAAGACUUUCUUUCCAACAAGAGCUGAGCGAUAAAUUCUCAUAUAGAGGCCUAUGUCAAUAUAUCCGCUUUUUUCACUUCGUGGAGUCGACUACAUUUGUCUGUAUCGGCUA